AUGGAAUUGGACGACGGCGAUCUGGCGAUGGAGAUGGAUUUGGACUCGAUUCCGAUUCCGCCCACGCCACGAAAAGAAAACAACAUCCCGGCGGGGCUGGUCCUCCGCUCCGGCAUCGACUCGAUUGCGGGGAGAUGCACGGCAUAUGGAUUUAUCGGCCAACCAGACCCCGGACUUCUCGAGAACCUCCAAUCGUCCGACCUAUGGCGCAAACGAGAGGCCGUCCAGACCAUCUCCAACCUGAUCCUCAUCUCCGACGAGGGCGCCAACCUGAACGUGUCGUUCCGCGACAUUGUCGCAGCCAUCAAGGACUUGUUGCAGAAUGAGGACUUCAACACGAAAAGCGACGGUGUCACCUGCCUCCAAAAUCUGGUCGACGUCUUCUCACGCUCGCACAGCGUCGCCGCAGAUGCCAUCCCAUUGCUGAUCACGUUGAUGCAAGACGUCAGGGAGGAGUAUGGCGUUGACAUCCACGAGACGGCGCUCAAGCCGCUGCUGAUCCUCAGCCGAAAAUAUGGGCGGAAUAUCUUGCAAGCGGGUGGUCUUUCUGGAGUACUGCGUCAUCUGUACUUCUUCAACCAGCACGCCCAGCGCUCAGCGAUUGAAGUGGUCGCCAACGCCGCCUCGUACGUCACCCCGGCCAACCUCGACCAGGUCACCGAGGCGUUCAGAGAAAUUUGCGAUAACUUGAAUAACACCGACAGCAAGAUGGGCGACGCCGCCUGCGCGGCCUUCUCCCGCAUCGUGUGCAACCUGUACGAGGAGGAAACCUUCGUCAACGACGUCCUCGACCAGAAGUACGAUCUGGCGUGCAAGAUUGUCAACGUGCUCCGCGAGGUCACCACCAAGUUCUCGGCCACCACGGAGCUGCUCAUUGCCGUCCGGUUGUUGAUGGGAUGCAGCAGUGAUUUUGCGCUGAAGCUUCACCACGUCGGCGCCACGAGCACGAUCGCCAAUUUGCUGUCGCCACUUUCGUCGAAGAGGGCCAUCAACAGCUUCAUAGACCUGCGGGAGCUGAUCUACAUGUGUGGAGAAUUGGCGCCUGCGCUUCCGGAUACCAGCAUCUUCAUCAUCGACAAGCACAUCGUCAAUCAGACUGGCACUCAUCGCCGACAGCACCAACCUGCUUGGCCGAGCACGUCCAGCGAGGAGCGCCCAUUCGACCAGAUUUGCUCCCUGCUGACAGCUCCCCUCGUUUCUGUCGCUGCCAGCGUCACCGAUCCGGUCGUCCACUUUGGUGUCAUCCGCGUGCUCGUCCGCCUCCUUCUCCCCUGUCGCCACGUGGACCUGUUCGAGCUGUUGGAGGAAUCGGAGUAUGCCAACCCGGUGAUGCUCGUCUCGCUGAUGAAAGACGCGCUGGCUUACACGCCGCAGCGUGCCCACCUCGCCGUCGCCACGGUGCAGCUGAUCAGAACCAUGCUCGAGAAAGACUCGUCGAAGAACUCGUCGUGCAACUUCCGCGAUCACGGCAUCUGGGAGUCGGUCGAGCGCUUGGUGGAGACGUUGGGAGAUGGCAAACACAAGAAGGCCGGCCCGGUCACCCGAACUCGCAGCAAGGCCCAACAGAUUGUCGACGCGCUGCCGAUCGUCAGCCGCAAGCGCACCAGCCCGGCGGGUAGUGACGUGCCGACGACGUCGCACGCCUCCGACCACCACCACUAUCCCUCGUCCAUCCUACCGGCCGUCCCGCUCACCCCAUUCCGUGACGACGGAUCCCCGUCAACCAAACGCGAACGGGACAGCUGCGGCAGCUCGCGCUCGACCGCCCAUGCCUCGGCCGGCCCCAAGAAGAGCCCGCUGCAGUUGCUCAGCAUCAGCCGCCACGGAUCGGCCAGCACGUCGAGCAUGGAUUCGGGAUCAUCACCGGAUUCGUUGACGCGGCAGCUGAACGAGCAAGAGCACACGGAGAUCAACGCCUGGCUAAUCCAGGAGUGCUCGCACGCCCUGCGGCUUCGCCCUGACGUCGCCCCGGUGCAUGAGCAGCUUCAGAAGCUCGUGUCCUCGAUUCGGGAUCGCAAGGAUGACCUCAUCCCCAGCACGUUCUUUAAGGACCUCCUCCACCUGGCCCAACAGAACUUGACGCCGAAUCAGUUGCUGCACAGCGGCCUCGCCGAAGAGAUCCUGAAGUGGAUGGCCGACGGCAGCGCGAUGCACGUCGUCCCGCUGAUCAUCGCCUCGUUGCAGAAGAUUGACAGCGCAGACCGGCAACAGCACCUCAACCAGCUGAUCCGCAUCGUCGCCGGCGCGGUCGACUUGUGCGAGGCGUUCCCGGUGUCGAUUUUCGAUCUGACCUCGCACGCGUCGACCAAUUUGUUCCAUGGAGCCCAGGCUUUGCGAUAUUUCCGGAAUCAUGUCGUUACGAUCACUGUCUCGAGACAUCCAAAAGUCGACUCCAGCGACCCGCCCCAAAGCAACACCUUCAAGACGGACGCCCUGGUGACGAUGAAGUACAUCUACUCGGUGGUCAAGAACCGCUUGCCGAUUCGCCAGUCGAGCAGUUCGGAAGAGGAGGAGGAUUCUCAGAACGGCAUCUACCAAUCGAUGGACAUCGAGCUGCUGACCUCCAAUGGCACCGUCAUCGGCCAAGAACAAGUACUGCUCGAAGUUCUACUCGCCAACUCGCCCGACGACAUUGGCCGCAUCCUCGGCACGGCCCACAACUUCCACUACCGGCCGAAGAAGAGCGGCAACCCGGUGCGGCACGUCGACCACAAGAUGUCGCUGGAGCAGCGCAUCCGCGAGGAGCUGUCCCACGCCCCCGACGAGCACACCACCCUGCCGACGGCCAGCGGAGUCACGCUUGUUGCUGAAUUCCUGGAGGGCAAGCGCGUUUUCGAGAAGAACAUGAUGAAGCGCAUCGAUCGGAUCUCACAAUCGACAGCACACACAAAUCCGGAUGAGCCUUCGCAAUUCGUGCCCGCUCUCGGCAUGUUGACGCUGCUCCAUUACAUCGAUCAGUACUGGUCCGUCGACGGAUGCCAAGGCUACUGGCCGGAACGCCCAUUUCCGAUCGCCUCCAAAGAGGCCUUCGUCUGCAAAAAGCUCGACGCCAAAGUGAACCGCCAGCUCGCCGACUUCCUCUCCGUCGCCGCCCAAGGCCUCCCCACCUGGAUCGAGUGGAUCGCCCGGAACGCCCCGUACGCCCUCUCCUUCGAGACGCGCCGCUCCUUCUUCCAUCUCACCGCUUUCGGCAGGGAACGCGCCCUCGGCCACUGGCUCCAACAGCGCGACAUCCCCACCGAGGACGCCAACUUCAUGCGCGUCAAGAAGGUCUCCAUCGAGGUCGUCCGCGACAACUUCAUCACGUUCGCCUACGCGGCACUCCAGGAUACACCUACGGGCAGCACGAUGGAGGUCAAAUUCCGAGGUGAGGCCGGCACUGGCCAUGGCCCGACCCAGGAGUUCUACUCAAUCCUGUCGAAGGAGUUCAAGAAGGCGUCGCUGGAUUUGUGGUAUCCGGGCAGGAUGGAAGUAGAUCCGGAGACGAACGAGAAGAUGGUCGCCUCCGAUCACGGCCUGUUCCCGCUGCCUUGUACGAAGGAGAAGCGCGUGGAGAAGAUUCAGCUCUACGAACUGCUCGGUCGUGCCCUCGGCCAAUCGCUGCAAGACGGAAAGCGUUUGGACAUUGUCUUGUCGCCGAUCGUGAUGAAGUACCUCAUCGGAAAGGCACACCUCAUUGGCCCGUGCGAUUUGGCGACAGUCGACCCGAUCGUCUACAAGUCGAUGAAGCAGAUCGAGGAGUGCGGCGGAGACGAGCUUGACCUGAUCAUGGCCGAUUAUGCUGUGCCGAAUGUGGAUAUCAACAUCUCCACCGACUCGAGCCAGCAAACGGUGACGGCCAAGAAUCGAUGGACGUACUUGGAGCGCGUUCGCGAGAUCAUGCUCCUCACCGUCCGCGAGCCCCUCGAAGCCAUCGCCCAUGGGCUGAACGCUGUGCUUCCGCGCGAGAAUCUGGAGUGCUUCCUGCCCGACGAGUUCGAGGCGUUGUUCUGCGGGGCCGACGGAGCCGAUCCCGAGUACUGGCAGCCGAACCGGAUCAUCGACGCGCUCAAGUUCGAUCUGGGUUACUCCCGCGAGAGCCUGGCCGUCAAGAACUUUGUCCAAAUGCUCGUCGAGUUCACACCCGCCAAGCGGCAGCGCUUCCUGCAGUUUGUCACCGGAUCACCGCGCCUUCCGCACGGCGGAUUUGCAGCGCUGAGCCCACCGCUUACGGUUGUCUGCAAGAGCCCGGCGUUCGGCGGCCCGGAUGGCGAAUUCCCGUCGGCCGUCACGUGCAAGAACUACGUCAAGCUGCCCAAUUACACCAGCUAUGAGGUAAUGGUCCGCCAAUUCGAGAUCGCGCUCACCAACGUCCUGCACUUUGACUACAAC